AUGGAUGCUAAACGUGAGCAUGAGCAUGAGCGUGCGACGGAGGAGCAGCCAGAUGCUGUGCGGGACGAGCAAGAAGAGGAUGAAGAAGUAGAGCCGGUGCCCCAACCACGACAGCUACCGGAUGACCUGCCAAAGUCCUUGUACGACAAGCGAGCACCAGCGACAUUUCCCGAGCAGACGGAGUACUACGAUGAAUGGUCUGGCCAAGCACAAUACCUGACAACACCACGCGCAAAGCAGACUUCCUUCUCACUAGACCUCAACCACAACGAUGCGGACGACGCCUUUGAUGGAGAUCUUGGCAACGACGAUGCACGGGUGGCUGCCAUGUUAGCAGCACGAGCACGUCAGCCAAACGAGACAGACGCUGGCGAGGUAGAGGAGGACGAUAUCGUGCGAGAUCAGAAGCUGUCGCAUGAUGAGAAACGCAAGGCGCUGCAAGACUUCCUGUUCAUGGCAGCUAGUAAUGGCGACGCCAAGCGUGUGCAGCGCCUUGUGCGUGGAGGUGCUUCGGAUCUGAUCGAAAUUAAUGGUGUUGAUUCAGAGGGUACUCCACCAUUGGUAUAUGCCAGCUGCUUUGGACACAAGGACGUCGUGCUAGCUCUGCUUAACGCAGGAGCAACGGUGGAUAUUCAGGAUCGGAAUCAGUGGACGGCACUCAUGUGGGCUAUGACGAACCGGCAUAAGGAUAUUGCGAAGACACUCCUGGAUCAUGGUGCUUCGACGGAUGUGAAGUCGAGUAGUGGUAGAACUGCCCUCGACUUCAUGCCGCUAGAUAGUGAGCUGUCUGAAUUCUUGCAGCACAGCGGGUACAGUAUUGGCAACGCUGGCGUGGCCGACGACUUCUACAAUGCUGGAUUUUCACAGGAGCGUUUCGAGGAGGAGCUGGCAGAGAGUGAGAUGCGGCGAAGGAUGAUGAUGGACAGUUCGAUCAAUCUCGAGGUUGAUCUUGGAAACCUCGGACUCGAUGAGGAUCCUGAAUCGCCGGACGAUCUAGAAUCUGGACAAGACUUUGUGUGGGAUCGAUGUCUGAAUGAUCAGAUGUUUGUGUUUAUGGAGAACGAUAUUGAGCGCAUACUGGACGUGGUGGUGACGAACAUGACGCCGCAACGAUCGCCAACUCAGAAGCCGGUGCCUGCAAAUGUCGUAUUUCUCGGCGCACGUUAUGCACUUUACCACGCGAACCGAGAGCUAUUGGCAGACUGGCUCGACUCUGCACAGGAGAAGAUCUAUGCCGUGGUUGAUCGGCAUCAAUGGGACAUGACAAUACUAGCAUUCUGGAUAUCGAACGCUACAUUAUUACUGUACUAUUUGAAGAAGGACCCUGGCCUAGCAGAGGCGACCAUCCAGUUCCAGGUCCAGAUGGCGGAGCUGAUCCACGAGAUCUACAUCCUCAUCAUUAGAGAUGCUGAGAGGCGUAUGGACAAGGUGCUGGACGCUGCCAUGCUGGAUCACGAGACCAUCCCGGGAUUUGAGGAUAUUGCGUUCCAGAACGAGUGGAAGUUCUUACGUACAAAGUCAAAAGUCAAGCCUGAGCCAGCAGAGAAGCGCUUCCGUCCUCCGUCACCACGACGAAAAGCACAAGUCUCGCCACGCAACAUCACGUCACUUCUCUCCUCUACGCUGUUCGUACUGGAUCUCUACGACGUACAUUCAGUCAUCGUCGCGCAGAUCCUAUCACAACUGUACUACUGGCUUGGAGCCGAGAUCUUCAAUCGGAUAAUGUCCAACAAGAGAUACUUGGCUCGCACCAAAGCAAUGCAGAUUCGCAUGAACAUCUCAACUCUCGAAGACUGGGCGAGAACUAACAAUCGCCAGCCUGAGCACUUCGAAAAUGGCACCAUGACCGCAAGUGGUGAAAGCACCAUGGAUUCUGCUCGGAAGCAUCUGGCUCCCGUCGUACAGCUCUUACAAUGGCUGCAGUGCUUCUCAUCACUUGGCGAGGACCGAGAUGCUAUGGAAACGACUUUGCAGCAGUUACCUGGCAUGUCUGCCAAGCAGCUCUUACAUGCUGUCAAACACUAUCGAGCAGAGGUCGGCGAGAAGACUCUGAAUAAAGCUGCGUUGAAGCUCGUACAAGAAAUCAAGAGUAGACCACGAGCCCUGCAUGUUGACACCCAUCCCGCCACAUCCUCCGGCGCACCACGAACGCCGGCGACGCCACAAGAUACGAACGGACAUCAGCCGCCAAUGACACCACAUCCAGACGACGACGAACCACCAGAGCAGAACCUGCUCAACCCAGCUUUACUACUGCCAUUCCACCUUCCCACCUCAACGGAUAUGCUCGUGAGCUACGGCGCCGGCUUCGGCGGUGUCAACCGCGAAAGGGAGAAGAGAUACAUCCCCUCGGUGCCUCCUGACUUCCUGGUCAAGCUGGAUCCAGAAGGACGACAGGACAGUAACCUCAAGAUUUAUGAGAAUGCACGAUUUAGUGAUACGGACUCCACCUGA